CUCGGGUCGGCGGCCCCACGCGUGCCCAUGGCCCCGAGAGGCUGAGCGCAUGGACUGGGGCUGUGGACGGAGACCUCCGCGAGGCGCCGCGAAAAGCCGAGCUGCUUUCUUCUAAGGUAGGCAGAUAUAUGCCUGGACGAAGUUGAUCUUUGGGAGGAAUAGGCUGGGGUGCGCCUGCCCCGUGCCCGAGCGCGGACUAGCGAGUUUGCCUUGACCUUGCUGCGUCUCGGGCGCGCUCUGCAGCGCGGACCCGCGGCCCCUCAGGAAAGCGCAGUCGGAAAGUUGUCGGCCGGUGGCGGUGCCCUUCGCGCCCUGUUGUGUAACCGCGGCGCCGCCAGCCCGACCGGGAAGUUGCCGUCCCGCCUGGCAGCCCGGUUCGGUCGCGACCCCCAGCGGAUUUCAUGGCCCGCAGCCGGCGUGGUCGAGCCCCCGCGCGCCCCCUCUCUCGCGGGCAUCCCAGGCGCCAGUGCACGCGCCCUUCUGCUUGCCCUUUCCUCCGAUGCUCUCUGUGCCCCCUGCUGCCGCCGCCACCUUCUUGUUGCCGUUCGUCCCUUGGAGCUGCUGCCUAAAUCGGAAAGGAGAGAAUGACUGAGGUGCUGUGGCCAGCUGUCCCCAACGGGACUGACCCUGCCUUUCUGGCUGGCGCGGGCUCGCCUUGGGGAAACAGCACAGUGACUUCCACCACCGAGGUGGCCGCUUCCUUCACAUGUGCCCUGACCAAGACGGGCUUCCAGUUCUACUACCUGCCGGCUGUCUACAUCUUGGUGUUCAUCAUUGGCUUCCUGGGCAACAGCGUGGCCAUCUGGAUGUUCGUUUUCCAUAUGAAGCCGUGGAGCGGGAUCUCCGUGUACAUGUUCAACUUGGCGUUGGCCGACUUCUUGUACGUGCUGACCCUGCCAGCACUUAUCUUCUACUACUUCAAUAAGACCAACUGGAUCUUCGGGGAUGCUAUGUGCAAACUGCAGCGGUUCAUCUUCCAUGUGAACUUGUACGGCAGCAUCUUGUUCCUCACGUGCAUCAGCGCGCACAGGUACAGCGGCGUGGUGUACCCGCUCAAGUCUCUGGGCAGGCUGCAGAAGAAGAACGCCAUCUACGUCAGCGUGCUGGUGUGGCUCAUCGUGGUGGUGGCCAUCUCCCCCAUCCUCUUCUACUCGGGCACCGGAAUCCGGAUGAACAAAACCAUCACCUGCUACGACACCACCUCGGAAGAGUACCUGCGAAGUUACUUCAUCUAUAGCAUGUGCACCACCGUGGCCAUGUUCUGUGUGCCCUUGGUGCUGAUUCUGGGCUGUUACGGGUUAAUUGUGAGGGCUUUGAUUUACAAGGACCUGGACAACUCGCCCUUGAGGAGGAAAUCCAUUUACCUGGUGAUUAUUGUGCUCACUGUUUUUGCUGUGUCUUAUAUCCCUUUCCAUGUGAUGAAAACCAUGAACAUGAGGGCCCGGCUGGAUUUUCAGACUCCGGAAAUGUGCGCUUUCAAUGAUAGGGUGUAUGCCACUUACCAGGUGACCAGAGGUCUGGCAAGUCUGAACAGUUGUGUGGACCCCAUUCUCUAUUUCUUGGCAGGAGACACUUUCAGGAGGAGACUGUCCCGGGCGACCAGGAAAGCUUCGAGAAGAAGUGAGGCAAACUUGCAAUCUAAGAGUGAAGACAUGACCCUCAAUAUUUUAUCAGAGUUCAAGCAGAAUGGAGAUACCAGCUUGUGAAGACGCAAGAAUCCCAAACAGCUCACUUUUGUAACAUGCUUGAACUCUGAGACCUCCAGCAAUGAAGAGCGUUUACUUACGCCACUGCCGUGCAAAGCCUUGGGACUCUGUUCCAAAACCAGUGCUCAGUCACAUCUGUAAAAACGGUUUCAAAAAUCACAGAUAACUUGCAGACCAAAAUUGAAGUGAAGUAGAGCAGAUGUUAGCAAGUCGGGGGGUGUUGAGCAGAGGAGUAUUUUCAGAAGAUGAGCAGCUGUCAGGCACCCGCAAUGCACAGCUUACAAGUUUACUGUCCAGUGUAUGCAGCAAUGUAGAGUUGGGGGAAAGCUUUUCAGUAUAAGAACUUUAUUUUAAAUUAAAAUCACCAUGGAAGAGGUUCUUUUUUUUUUUUUCAAAGUGCUUGAAAACAUUAAAUGAAAUGCUGAAACGAGAAAAAGGCAGUUUGUACUGCUUAUGUUAAUAUCAUGAAAGACUGCAGGAGUUUAAUGAAUCUUACAUCCUGCUAUUGAAAAAGAAAAUAGAAAGACAGUGACACCAGACAAAUCAAAGCACCUGCUGUACCAGAGUGCUGAGAAGCGAUCUAUAGAAGACGCCAAUUCCACACAAAGAGAAGAGAACUGGUUAAUCUUUUUGGGGGGUGAGUGGCGUGGCAAUUAAUUGCAAAUUCUCUGAAACUUUUCAAUGGCUAUUAAAUUAUAGCCAGUGAAACUGUCAAAUUUAUAUAGUGAGAAUUAGGAGAUAGUUUAAUUGCCCCAAACAGCAAAUCCAAUGUCACGAGAUUUUUUGAUUGUGAAAUCUAGCCCGGCAAAAGCUAUUGCCAGAGUUUGCACGAGACAGUGAACUAGCUCAUUUGAAAGAACCUUGUAAGAAAAGCUGUGCGGCGCUAUAUAUUAAAGACAGAAAGAAUCUGAACCCAUAAUGAUGGGGAAUUUGGGGCUUGCUGUCAGUUCAUGAAAUUCCCGAGUGGAUUGAAGCUUUCCAAGACCUUCGCUGUUGCUUCAGGUAACCAAAUUUCCAGCCAAUAAGAUCAAAGAAGAAAAUCUGCAUCCUGCCUCCUAAGCGCUUGUGCUUACAUUUUCAGGCUUAAUUUAUAAGUAUCCCAGCACAAUCAAGUAGAAACCUUGCACACCUCAUUUUGAUAAGAGAGAGGAUUAGCAAAAUUCUUACGGGGGGAGGAUUAUAGACAACCUUAUUUUAGAAUCCUCAAGCACAAAAUCUAAAAUACAUGGGUAUUAUAUUGACCCCUUCAAACAUGUUAAGUAAGACAAGAUCAAAAUUUCCGAACUGAUCCAGAUGGAAUUGCGAGAGUCUAUACCAUACUUGAGCUCACAGUGGAAUGCUACAUGUAUCUACUAUUGACACAGUUUAGUUUUUUCCCAUCAGGUCUCGGGAUGCCUAGCCUGAAUUAGAGUGUUAAGUAUCUUGUUUCAGGUUUCAGGGAGCCUUCUUUGGGGAUGUGUGUGUAGAGAGGAGAAAGGCCCUAUCUACAAAUGCCCUUUUACUACUUGGCAUAUUUUCUUCUUCAAAGUAUUUCUUCGAUAGCGUUGUCCAUCACUCAGUGGACAAUGAGGAAAUGUGAGUCGAUGCCAAACAGUAGCAAGAACCAUCUUGCCAACUUCUUCCAAGCCAAAAGAAAUCUCUGAAAAGAUUUAUGCUGGGAGUGAAAGUACUCAGAAAGUCAGGAGUGACGUAGUGGCUGAGAAGCUGAUUCUUGCCAUAUGAAGAAGAUACAAGUAAGCAUUUGAGAGUAAACGCAGAAUUCUCUUGUCAGUUAAAUGAAAGAACAGCUUCAAUCAUAGGAUCUGGCAGCUGGCUAGAUUCUGUACUACCAACAUAUGUGUCAUGUCAAGUUCGAGGUUUCUGUUACUUGCACAUUGACAUCUUUGAGUCUGUGGGCCUCAAUUUGUGUUUACAUUGAAGACAUAAAAUCCUCAACUAGUAAAAUAUAGCAAGCAAGUCCACAUUCUGAAUGAAAACCAUGACCUGUGACUUGGCCAGCCGUAGGACUCUUGACCCUUUUGCAUCAAUGUUACAUGAGUGGCAAAGGUUAGAUGACACCCACUUGUUGUGGCAUUAGGGAGAGUGAUAAAGCAGGAAAACUGGGCAUCCGGGAGGACAUGACAUACACCACCCUGAUUUCCAGGACGCCAUAGUCUCUGGUUAGAGGUUCUUGUACAGUUUGUCAAUUAUCAUCUGGGACUGUGACCUCUCAUUUUUUUCCCUGUCUCCUCAGACAGGACAUUGAGCUGUCUGUGGGUACUGCAGUUGUCAGUAACCAAAAUAAGAUAUUUGUUAAGAUCUGUGAAGACUUUUACUUUGCUGGUCAAAUUGUAUCUAUCAUUAUGGUAUUUAUUGUUGUAACUCAGAGUCCUUCAGUUGUACAGUUAAAAAAACUUCUUGAAAGAUGCAACAUACUGAUGUAUAAUAUAUUUAUUGCAAUAUAUAGCAUUAAUAGAUCAUCUGUUGUAUUUUACAAAGUAUAUAGUACAUAAAUAAGUGAGAGUCGUAUAUUAUAAUACUUUUAAGAUACCAGUAUUUUGAAGUGUAUACAGCUUUAGGGUUUUUUUUCUUUCUUUUUUUUUUUAGGUCUAAAAUACAGAAACUUGUUUCCUGCUGCAAAUCAUUGACUUCCCUAGAGAUGUGUUGGCAUGUUCACCUUUUAAUUUAAAAUUACUUGGGUAUAGCCAUGAUUUGGAAGCAGGCUGUCAUAAAAUAAUGAAUAUAAAGUAUCUUAGAUUGGUUCUAUAUUGUGUAUUUUUUCCAUAUUUUACAAAUAAGUUGAUAUUUCCUUCUUUUGGGAAAUUUAGACCUGUGCUACCGGAUAUGUUUAGUGCAUCCACUUCUAUAGGCAAAAGGCUUUUAUUACAUUGGAAUUUGAUCUCUUCAGAAUUCCAGUGGGAUGGGCAUUAUAGAUACAGAAGUAGAAUUUAAGGAAAAGCUGUAGGGAGCCAGAGAAAGAGAAACGGGCAGCUGGUUGCAAUCCCUCACUUUCUGCUCAAUUCUUAAAUGGUUGUGCUUGUUUGUAAAAUGAGAUAGUAUAGCAUUAAUUUCUGUAAGAUGAAGUCUUUAAAAUAACACUACCAAGAAGUUCAGAAGUGCUGUUGGUUUUAACCUUUUAUCUUUGCUCAGCUGAUGACGUGACGCCCAAGUUUUAUAGUGAAACUGUAUAUUUGGCUGCUGUAUUCUGUUACAGUUUUUAUUGUACAUUGUAUUAUACAUAAUCCCAAAUUCAUAUGAAGGUGAAUAUAUGUUACAUAUCAACAUUUGUGAAAUUGAAUUGUAUUAUGUUUAACUGCUUUUGCAAAAACGUUUAUUUUUAUAUUGUAUGUGACUUUCAUAUAGACAAUUGAACUAGAUUUCUUUGUGAUUAAUAGUGCCAUUGAGUAAGUGAUGAUGGAAACAGUGUUACUUGACAUUUUGAGCUUUCUCAGGUUUAUCUAAAUUAGUGGUAGCUGAACAAAAUCCACAAUAACUGUGCAUAAAUAUGUGUUCAUAGGAAGAAAGCACAUUUCCUAUAAUAGCAUUGUAUUGUUCGCAUGCAUGAGUAUAUGGAUAUGUGUGUGUGAGAGAGACAUGUCAGACAGCUUUGCAGAUAUGCUAUGUAUAGUAACAGCAGAGCUUCCUAAUUGUAGCCACUAGAAGUGUACUUACCCUAGAUAAUCAAAAUUCAAAAUGUCUCAAUAAAACUAUGAAAAAUGA